GUCCGCCGCCGCCGCCGAACCGCAACACGUGACGUCGUCGUCUAUGACGCUGAGCGUGCAGCGCGCUUACAGCCCGGUGACGUCAGCGCAACGUCUCGUCCGCGACGUUUGACGUCGUGAGAGCAAACGCGACGCUUCCGGGAGGCGACGGGACAGCGCUCGAUAUCGCUGUGUUUUCUUCUCGCGGGGAGGGGGGCAGCGUCCUUUGGGCUCGUCGUGAAGAAGCGUAGAAGAAGACGAAGGGGGCUGAUGGCGCCACUUUAGCCAAGUGCAAAGAGUCGCCUAACACCACACGAAUCAUCGGAACGUGUCUGCAGCUCCCCGGGGGGACGACGGAAGUUCUCUGCGGUACGCAAAAGCGGCUAUCGCGGUAGCAUUCUUCUCCGCGCAACGUCUCUCGGUCAAUGGGUUUCUUGUCAAAAGCAUUCGGCACCAUGAGCGAGUUUCGGAUCCAUCAUCACGUCAACGAGCUGCUGAGCGUGUUGGACGUGCGAGGGGGCGACGGAGCGGAAGGUUACAUCGACCUUCUGCAGAAGCACCGCACGCCCUACAUCACCACCACGGUCUCGGCCCACAGCGCCAAGGUGAAGCUCGCCGAGUUCUCCCAGACGCCAGAGGACUUCCUGAGGAAGUACGAGGAGCUGAAAUCGAAAAAUGUCCGCCACCUGGAUCCGCUGGUCUACCUGCUGUCGCGCCUGUGCGAGGACUCCCAGACGCUGCAGCGCCUGCAGCAGAACGCCAAGGAUCGUUCGGAAGCGGGCGCUGCUGCUGCGACGACAGCGAGCGUCCUGAGCGCGGCGACCGGCGUCUCCAAAAUGUCCAUGCAGGAGCUGGACGAGCUGCGCAAGAAGCUGGGGAACGUCACGGCAGCGUGCAACGCUCCCCUGUCGGCUGAGGUGACGCGCAAGAUGUUGCGGGACAAACACAACAAGAAGAACCCGGCGCAGCUCAAUCCCAUCUUUCCCAGCUGGGUGUACGAGAGGCCCGCCCUCUUGGGGGACUUCAUCGCCGGUCCCGCAUCGGCUGCCGAUCCGGCUGUGGGCACGCUGGCGCUGGCGGCGCAGGAGCAGCUGGUUCUUGAGGAUCUGCUUUUCGUCCUGGUGGGCGUGGACGGGCGCGACGUGGCGGCUCAGCCGGUCCUGGGCCGUCAGAACCGCUCCUUCAUCGUGGAUGCCACGCUGGACACGUCCGUCAAGGAGCUGGUACACCGGAUCCUUCCCGUAGCGUCCUUCUACUCCACCGUCACCCGCUUCGUGGAAGAGAAGUCGUCGUUUGAGUACGGACAGGUGAACCAUGCCCUGACGGCGGCCAUGCGGACGCUGCUCAAGGAGUACCUAAUCCUGGUGACCCAGCUGGAGCACGUGCACCGGCGGGGCCUGCUGUCCCUGCAGAAGCUUUGGUUCUACCUGCAGCCCACCAUGAGGACCAUGGACAUCCUGGCCGCCAUCGCCUCGUCAGUGGACAAAGGGGAGUGUAUGGGCGGGGCCACGCUCAGCCUCCUUCACGACCGCACCUUCAACUUCACCGGCGACCCCCAGGCGCAGGAGGUGUGCCUGUACCUCACCAAGGCCGCCAGCGUGCCCUACUUUGAGAUCCUGGAGAAGUGGAUCUACAGGGGCAUCAUUCGCGAUCCCUACAGUGCCAGCUCCACCGCUUUGGGCACUUUCAAGGACCAAACGCCAGAAGGUCAAAUGAAUUGUGUGUGUGUACGAGCAAUCAGCGAAUUCAUGGUGGAGGAACACGAGCUGCAGAAGGAGAAGAUCCAGGAGGACUACAACGACAAGUACUGGGACCAGAGGUACACCAUCGUUCAGCACCGCAUUCCGUCCUUCCUGCAGAAGAUGGCCGACAAGAUCCUCAGCACAGGAAAGUACCUGAACGUGGUGCGCGAGUGCGGCCGGGACGUGACCUGUCCCGACGCCAAGGAAGUGGUGUACACGCUGAAGGAGCGAGCCUACGUGGAGCAGAUCGAAAAGGCCUUCAACUAUGCCAGUAAAGUGCUCUUGCACUUCCUGCUGGAGGAGAAGGAGCUGGUGGCCCGCCUCAGGUCCAUCAAGCACUACUUCCUGAUGGACAAAGGCGACUUCUUUGUGCACUUCAUGGACCUGACUGAGGAGGAGCUGCGCAAGCCGGUGGAUGACAUAGCGCCCCCGCGUCUGGAGGCGCUCCUGGAACUGGCGCUGCGCAUGAGCACGGCCAACACCGACCCCUUCAAGGACGACCUCAAGAUCGACUUGAUGCCGCACGACGUCAUCACGCAGCUGCUGCGGGUGCUGGCCAUCGAGACCAAGCAGGAAAAGAGCGUAGCCAACGCCGAGCCGGCUGACGCCGCCCUCAGCGGCCUGGAGGCCUUCUCCUUUGACUACGUGGUCAAGUGGCCGCUCUCGCUCAUCAUCAGCAGGAAAGCGUUGACCAGGUACCAGAUGUUGUUCCGCCACAUGUUCUACUGCAAACACGUGGAGCGUCUGCUGUGCAACGUCUGGAUCACCAACAAGCACGCCAAGCAUCAUUGGUCGCACUCAGCUAAAUGGUUCGCGGCGGCCUUUGCGCUGCGUCAGCGCAUGCUAAACUUUGUGCAGAACAUCCAGUAUUACAUGAUGUUUGAGGUGAUGGAGCCUACCUGGCACCUGAUGGAGAACAACCUCAAAACGGCAUCCAACAUCGACGACGUGCUGUGGCACCACACCAGCUUCCUGGACAACUGCAUGAAGGACUGCAUGCUGACCAAUCCCGAGCUGCUGCGCAUCUUCUCCAAGCUCAUGUCCGUCUGCGUCAUGUUCGCCGGCCGCAUGCAGCGUUUCACGCGGGCCCUUCGGCCGGAGCACGCAGACGUGCCGCCUGCGCUUGAGGCCGCCGGCAAGAGCCCGGGGGCAAAGCAGGAGCCGCCAGAGCCGGCAUCGGACGUGGGCUUUGAGGCGUCCAUCGUCAAGUUCGACAACAGUUUCAGCCUUCUGCUGCUGGACCUUCUAGACAAACUCAGCAUCUUCAGCUCCAACAACUGCGAGCACAGCAUGAUCAGCAUCAUAUACAGGCUGGACUUCAACGGCUUCUACACGGAACGUCUGGAGAAGAUGGCGGUGGAGCGAAGUCAAAAAGCGGCGGCGCAGUAAAACGAGCCGGGCGUCGGGACGGCGACGCUCGUCGCGGUCUCGCUCAUCUUUAUUCGAUGGUUCGACAGUGCCCCAUUAAAAGGACAUUUAAAUGCG